GAUGUCGACACCCUGACGCAACAACUUCUUACUUCUUUUUUUAAGUGACAUAUUUUUAACCCUCCCGACUUCACCACUUCGACAGCUCCACGGUUUCAGCCGGACCUGUAUGGCCCCAUCGUCGGUGUCGAUGUCAGUUUUGGCCGCCGCGGGUUUGAAAAGUGAAGAUCUCCCCCCACGACCCGUGCUCGUCACAAGAGGCGACAUGCAGACGAGCUUGAGCCCCGCAGAGGACGCCGGGAAGCCCAAAGUGGCCAUCCUGCCCUUCAGCGUCGAGGCUCUGAUGGCUGAUCGCAAGCCGAGCAGAGAGGCGCCUUCCCCGGAUGGCGCCUCCGUGGCCGGGACGUCCCAUUCUCUAGGGAAAGGAGUUCGGAUGGGACCGUUUGGAAGUCUGGACGCUUCCGUGCCUGCGAUCCCGAUUGGCUCCUCUUUUUCUGUGAGCGAUCUCAUGAACGUGCAGGAGGACGUGUUGAUUAAACCCGAGAGUCCAGAUAGCCAAGAGAGGACUUCUUGGAUUCAGAGUCCUCGUUUUUCUCCCACACCUCCACGAAGAUUGAGUCCUCCGGCGUGUCCUUUGAGGAAACACAAGACCAACAGAAAGCCUCGGACCCCCUUCACGACGUCCCAGCUGCUGGCCUUGGAGAGAAAGUUCCGCCAGAAGCAGUACCUGUCCAUUGCCGAGCGCGCAGAGUUCUCCAGUUCCCUCAGUUUGACAGAGACCCAAGUUAAGAUCUGGUUUCAGAACAGGAGAGCUAAAGCCAAGCGACUGCAAGAGGCAGAACUCGAGAAACUGAAAAUGGCAGCCAAGCCCAUGUUGCCUCCCGCGUUUGGGAUUUCCUUCCCGCUGAGUGCGCACGUCCCGGGAUCCUACGCGGGCUCGCACGCCUUCCAGAGGCACUCGCUGCCGGUGUCCCCCGUAGGACUGUACGCAGCCCACGUCGGAUACAGCAUGUACCACCUGGCUUGAUGGACCGUGGACAUUAUAUCAUGACCAGUGGGGUAAGACUCAUCUUGGAAAGAGUUUUUCCUUGGAUGCGAUAUCUGAUCUCGCCAGUAAGUCCUCCAAAAUGGGGUUUGAUCAUGUGCUCCUAGUGAUGCAUUUGAUUAUUUUUUUUAGAACAACAAGGGAAGACUAUUUUAUCAGGACACUCAGCAUGGACAAAAACACAUUUGUUAGGCUGCAACAAUACUUUUGUGCAAGCAUUUUCUUUUUUUUAAUUCUUAAUGUUCUUAGUCCGGAUUACAGUGUCAAUGUUCUUUGUAAAUAUGGAAAAACAGCAGCAUUUAAAAAGCGGAAGAAACAGCACUAGUGUCUGUUGUAAUGAUUCCCUUCGCAAGGGAUAAAGUGUACUGUAAAAUAAUGUAUAUUAGGAAAAAUAUCCUCAUUUAUAUUAUGAAUAUAUUUGUGACAUAACUUAAUAAAUUGUUUAUUCUUU